UUUUCCCUCCAUGUCCAACGUCCGAACUUCUGCAUUUCAUUUAAUCCAUUCAGUCUCUCGACCUGUUUGCUGUUGUGCGUCUCUCCUUUUCUAAAUUAGGGUUUCUUGCGGAUUCUUUCUGUCUUAGACGCUUAUAAUGCUGACGCCGAGAAGACGAUAAGGAAGCGGCUAGGCGUUUCAGUUUCAGAAGAGCGAAAGUAGCUGCCAUGGAGAGCCCUAAAGAAGACGCGCCGGUUGUGAUUCUGGAUCGACUUUCUAGGGCAUCCAGAGGAAAACGGAUGAACAAGUUGCUUGAUGAGGAAAUUGAAGAGGACGAGUUGUUCUGGAAUCAGGAUGCUCUAAAAGAGGAAGAAAAUGAUACUAAUUAUGAAGAAGAGCCAGAAGUCGCGGAUGAGUUUGAUAGUGAUUUUGAUGAUGAUGAGCCUGAACCAGAUGAAGAAGCAGAAAAUGUUGCUGAUGAAAGGACACAGACAAAGAAACGGCUUAUAUUUCCUGGAAAGCCUUCAACAAAGAAGAAAAAGAAGAAGAAAGUCCUUUCCAAGAUAGAUAGGGCUUCCAAGGAUGAAAAAUCAGCUGAGCAGUCUACUGCCCCAGAACAACAUGAUACCCCUGAUGAUGGUGAAGUUGAGAGAAUAGUAAGGAAAUCUACAAGAACAUCAGUUAUUGUUAGACAAGCUGAGAGAGAUGCAAUACGUGCAGCUCUGCAGGCUACAAUAAAGCCUAUAAAACGAAAAAAGGAAGGUGAAGAGAAGAGGAUGACACAAGAAGAAAUGCUUCUGGAAGCUGCUCAAACAGAAAUCAUGAAUUUGAGGAAUUUAGAGCGUGUUUUGGCAAGGGAAGAAGAAGUUAAGAAAAGAGCAAUUGUGCAUAAAGCUGUCUACAGCGGCCCACAGAUACGAUAUUUCUCUAAAGAUGGUUUGUCAUAUCUAGAAUUCAGAGGAGUAUCAUUUCAGUCAGAGAUUUCAACUGCAUCUGUUCCAUAUCCAGAGAAGGCCGUGUGUGCUGUAACAGGUUUGCCUGCCAAGUAUCGUGAUCCAGAGACAGGGCUACCUUAUGCAACAAAAGAAGCUUUCAAAAUUAUUCGCCAGCGCUUAGAGGACGAAAAUAACAUCAAAAAGGAAAUGGACAUGGGAGCUUUAUUUGAUUCACUUAAUGGGAAAGGAUUCCUGGGUAGAAGGAAGAGAUCCCCCAUCUCCAAUAGAGGCAAAAUGUCGAAUUUCUCCUACUUGGCUCAAUUUGGCAGGAUUUCUACUAUAGAAAUUGACUCUUCGGAAUAGGAUAUGAAUCUAUAGCCUUGUACAUCAUUCUCUUAGAAAAAGGGUAAAUUUUUAAUAAAUUUAAACUUUUCA